GUAACGUGGAAGUUGUUGCUUUUCUGUAUGUUUUGAUUGCAUGUGCUUACCUUAGGAUUAAAGUGAACGUGUGUUAUGUGUUAAAGGAUACAUAUCCUCUUUGCGUUCAGGUAAAAUUUAGUUGAGAUCUUGCAGUGAUGUCGUCUGGUAUACGAGGUGCUUGUAGUGGGUUGUUAACAGUACGGAAUAUCCUGGUCGUUGUCCUAACACCUAUAGUCUUGUUGCCCCUCUUACUUCUUGUGGAGGGAGAUGAAGCAAAAUGCGGAUAUUGCAUCAUCAUCAUGGCUGUGUUCUGGGUGACAGAAGCGCUUCCUAUAGCAGUGACGUCAUUGCUUCCCGUUAUUUUGUUUCCGAUGGUGGGGCUGAUGUAUGCAAAAGAUGUCUCCAGCACAUAUAUCAACGACACGGCCAUGCUGUUUGUGGGAGGUCUGAUCGUGGCGGCGGCCAUUGAGUACUGGAACAUCCACAAACGUCUGGCUCUCAGGGUACUCAUGCUGGUCGGCUCAGAACCGAGAUGGUUGAUGUUUGGGAUGAUGUUGCCCACUUGGUUUCUGUCCAUGUGGAUCAGCAACACGGCAACAACUGCCAUGAUGAUUCCUAUUGCAAAUGCAGUCUUGGUGCAACUCAAAGAAACCAGAGAUAAAGACGAGACAGUACGCGUCACAGCUGUGGGUGAGGAAGACAUUCAACUGACAGUCAUUGGUAAAGACGAAGUCAAGAACUCCACAAAUGGAAACAUAAACAACGGCAUAGAAAAACAAGGAGAAAAAAGAAGUGAAGCAGACGAUAGGAAAAGUGACGAAUCAACAGAGGCGGAGUAUUUACGUAUGUGUAAGGCUCUGUCAUUGGCUAUUGCUUACUCGGCCAACUGUGGUGGCGUGGCUAGCCUGACCGGAACUGGUCCUAACGUCAUCAUGAAGGGUGCUGCAGACAUUGUUUUCCAAGAAAAGAAUAUGACAUCGCCUGUCACGUUUGCCUCAUGGAUGCAGUAUUGCUUGCCCAUCUCAGCAAUUAUUGUGAUAUUUGUAUGGAUUUGGCUUCAAGUUCUGUUUUUACGCUGCAAAACGUAUAAUUCCGGUUCUCCAGAACAAGCGAAAAGGGUCAGAAAUGCAGUGCGAAAACAGUACGAAGAACUUGGACCAAUCACAUUCGGACAGGUGGCCGUGAUCAUCCACUUCACCCUGCUGGCCGUGCUGUGGGUCACGAGGGAUCUGGGAGGAGUCGGAGGGUGGGGAGACAUUUUUGACGAGAAGACAGUUACCGACUCUACACCCGCCAUACUCAUAUCCAUUAGUCUUUUUCUUUUCCCGUCAAUAUUGCCACAUAACUUCAAAGAAAAAGGCAAACCUCUACCGCCACUUCUUCAGUGGAAAGCUGCAGAAAAAAUGGUGCCAUGGGGAGUAGUCUUAUUGCUAGGGGGUGGGUUCGCUUUAGCUAAAGGAAGUCAGGUUUCCGGAUUAUCAAAAUUGAUCGGAGACCAACUAACUGUGUUCAAGGAUUUUGAGCCCUGGCUGAUGAACCUUGUGUUGUGUUUCAUAGUAGCCGGGGCCACAGAGGUGACCAGUAACACUGCUAUAUGUACCUUAAUGAUGCCCAUAAUGAAAGAAUUGGCAAUAACAUUGGAAGUAAACCCGCUGUACUUCAUGUUUCCUACCGCCAUCGCUACGUCAUUUGCCUUCAUGCUUCCGGUUGCUACCCCGCCUAAUGCUGUCGUGUUCUCUUAUGGAUUUGUUAAAGUAUUUGACAUGGUAACAGCCGGCUUUCUAUUGAAUAUCAUAGCCGUUUUAGUCCUGGUUUUCGGCACGGAGACUUGGGGAGACGCCAUUUUUGGUUUUCACAGCCUCCCUGACGGUUUUAGGGUGGCGGUAAACCAGUCACUGUCGACUAACCUUACAGAUAUCCUGACCACAACAGCAACGUCCUCUAUAUAACAUUAAAAUAAUCAUACUGAU